AUGAAUAUUAUAUCAAUUAACAUCAUAGGGUGUGGUAGUAUAGUUAAGAGGAAGAGGUUAACUUGUUUGAUUCAAUCAUGUAAUGUUGAUAUUUGUUUUAUCCAAGAAACGAAACUUGAGUUUAUGGAUGAUUAUUUAGCUUCUUCUUCUAUAUGGGGCAAUUCAGAAGUUGAAUGGUCUGUUCUUGGAUCGAAGGGUGUGGCUGAGGGGAUUGCUACUUUGUGGGAAAAAAAUGCUAUCAAACUGAAUUGCAAUUUUAUAGGAGAGGGGUUUCUGGGUUUGAAUGCUGAGUGGAAUGGGAAGGAUAUUUUUUUCAUAAAUGUUUAUUCUCCCUGCAAAGUUCCUUUGAAGAGAAAGUUAUGGAAGGAGUUGGUAGAAGUUAAGGGUAUAUUUGAUAGGGGAAGUUGGGCCAUUGGGGGGACUUUAACGUUGUUUCUAGUAGGCAUGAAAGGAAGAAUUUGA